AUGCAGGCACCCGUGGUUGUUAUGAACACCCAGACCGGGGGGGAGAGGCAGUUUGGCCGCAAGGCACAGCUCUCCAACAUCACGGCCGCGAAGACUGUCGCCGACAUCAUUCGGUCAUGUCUGGGCCCCAAGGCCAUGCUGAAGAUGCUGCUCGACCCCAUGGGCGGCAUCGUCCUGACCAACGACGGCCACGCCAUCCUGCGAGAGAUUGAGGUCGCUCACCCUGCCGCGAAGAGCAUGAUCGAGCUCAGCAGAACACAAGAUGAGGAGGUCGGCGACGGUACCACCAGCGUCAUCAUUCUCGCGGGUGAAAUGCUGGCUCAGUCCCUGCCCCAGCUGGAGCGCAACAUCCACCCCGUCACUAUAAUAUCCGCCUUCAAGCGCGCCCUCACGGAUGCCAUCUCCAUCAUCGAAGAAAUCUCGAUACCCGUCGACAUCAACGAUGACAAGGCCAUGUACUCCCUGAUCUCCUCCUCGAUCGGUACCAAGUUCGUCUCGCGGUGGUCCGAGUUGAUGUGCAACCUUGCCCUGAAGGCGGUGCGGACGGUUUCUCUUGAUGUCGGAGGCGACAAGAGGGAGGUUGACAUCAAGCGGUACGCCAGAGUGGAGAAGAUACCCGGUGGAGAAAUCGAGGAUUGCAAGGUUCUGGACGGCGUCAUGCUCAACAAGGACAUCACCCACCCCAAGAUGAGGAGGCGCAUCGAGAACCCCCGGGUGGUCCUGCUCGACUGCACCCUGGAGUACAAGAAGGGCGAGUCCCAGACGAACAUUGAAAUCAGCAAGGAGGAGGACUGGAACAGGAUAUUGCAGAUCGAGGAAGAGCAGGUCAAGGCCAUGUGCGAUGCCAUUAUCGCUGUCAAGCCCGACUUGGUCAUCACCGAGAAGGGUGUUUCUGACCUUGCCCAGCACUACCUCGUUAAGAACAACAUCACGGCCCUGCGCCGUGUCCGCAAGACGGAUAACAACCGUAUUGCUCGCGCUACGGGCGCUACUAUCGUCAACUCCCCCCAGUCUCUCACUGAGGCAGACGUUGGCACCAAGUGCGGUCUCUUUGAAAUCUCCAAGAUUGGUGAUGAGUACUUCACCUUCCUCACUCAGUGCGAGGAUCCCAAGGCCUGCACCAUCCUGCUUCGCGGUCCUUCGAAGGAUAUCCUGAACGAGAUUGAGAGGAACCUCCAAGAUGCCAUGGGCGUCGCGCGGAACGUCAUCUGGAAGGCUCGCCUCUGCCCUGGCGGUGGCGCUACGGAAAUGGCGGUUGCCGUUGGACUUGAGAAAAAGGCCAAGUCUGUCGAGGGCGUUGCUCAGUGGCCGUACCGCGCCGUCGCCGAGGCUAUGGAGGUCAUCCCCCGCACCCUCAUCCAGAACGCUGGCUCCUCUCCCAUCAGGGUUCUUACUCAGCUGCGUGCCAAGCACGCUGAGUCUGACGCCGGCAGCAGCUGGGGUAUCGAUGGCGAUGCCGGCAAGCUGGUCGACAUGAAGGAGUACGGCGUUUGGGAGCCCAUGGCUGUCAAGGAGCAGAGCAUCAAGACCGCCAUUGAGAGCGCUUGUCUCUUGCUCCGCGUCGACGACAUUGUCGCCGCGAAGGCCGCGAAGAUGCCUGGCGGCCCCGUUGGCGGUGGUGAUGAGUAA